UGACGAAAAUGUUGUUUGCAAAUCUUUUGCGACGAAGAUGCAGCAGUUCUCUUCCUUUGCUUCUAGGAACCGUCGUCGUUUUAUGGUUUUGCUCUUCACAUCAUGUUACAGCAACAGGCUCUAAGGUGGAGUAUCUCCCAGGGGUUCAACCUGAAGGGCCUCUUCCAUUUGAACUUGAAACCGGAUAUAUUGGUGUUGGGGAAUCAGAAGAUAUACAACUCUUUUAUUAUUUUGUAAAGUCUGAAUUAAAUCCCAAUAUUGAUCCUAUUGUGCUUUGGAUCUCCGGUGGUCCAGGAUGCUCUUCUUUUGUUGCAAUGACGCAAGAAUUGGGGCCAUUGUUAUUUGAUAUACCGAAAGAUAUAUGGACGACCUUGCCUACCUUGUCACUAAAUCCUUAUUCAUGGACAAAGGUUGCAAGCUUUAUCUUUCUAGACUUACCAGUGAGAACAGGAUUUUCGUACGUUAAAAGUUCAAAAAAUUAUACUGUGAGUGAUGUAGAAACAAGUUAUCAUGCAGCUGAAUUUAUUCGCAAGUGGUUAGAAGAUCAUUUUCAAUACCAGUCCAACUCAUUCUAUGUUGGUGGAGACUCAAAUUCUGGUUUUACAGUUCCAAUGGCCGUUCAAGCAAUAUCAUAUGGGAUUGAUGCAAGACUAAAGCCACGCGUUAAUCUUAAGGGCUAUGUAAUUGGCAAUGGGGUGACACUUCCAGUUGACAACUACGAAUAUACUUACGGAACGGCUCGUGGAUUAUGUCUUAUUUCAGAAGAACAGUAUACGACAGUGAAAGAUUGUAUAGCGAUAAAUUUUUCUACUCCAAAUUGCAAGAAUGAGGGGGCUUCAAUGGAUGUGCCGCAAAAUAUUUAUUGGCCUAAUGUUAUUGGAGAAGAAAAUGAUGCUAAGAGGUUCCGUGGGUACAAUGUCCAUGCCUUUGAUCGUAGUGUAAUACUUCUGGCUGCACUAAUUUCAUCUCAGUGGAUAAAUGAUGAUAAGGUUCUAGUGGCCCUGCAUGUUCGGAAGGGAUGCGGUGAAAAAUGGACUAAAUGCAGGGUACCUUUGCCAUAUGAAAGAACUGUACUUGACACUAGGCCAUAUCAUGCAAAUCUUAGCGCAAAAGGUUACAGGUCUCUUAUAUACAGUGGACAUGCUGAUUUGACUGUGUCUUCACUUUAUACUGAAGCAUGGACAAAAUCUUUGAAUUAUUCUAUCAUUGAUGAUUGGCGACCUUGGCUUGUGAACAAUCGAGUUGUUGGUUAUACAAGGAUCUUCUCCAACAACAUGACAUAUGCCAAAAUCCUGGGAUCAGACCACAUUGCUCCAACAAUAACACCUGCUGAAUGCUUCAAAAUGUUUAAAAGAUGGAUAUCUUAUGAACAACUUUAAUGUUGUAUGGCAAAGGUAAAAUCUAUGUUAAAAGUACGUUUCAUAAAUAACAUAUUGUUGUACCUAAGUUUUAUUUUGAUGGUUUAUGAUGAAAUUCAUGUAAAAAAAAUACAAAAUGUUACGUUGUUGUACAAGAAUAUUAUUUAAUGAAUAAAUUACUAUGGAGUAUAAUUUUUAAA